GUCAACAUCAGGAAAAUAAACAGAGUAUACUACUUUGCAGAUGGCUGGAAAAAUAUUGUUAAUGAUUUAGGGCUUGAUGAUGUUUGUUUGAUAGUAUUUGAAGCUCACAGUGAAUGCAAAUACAAAAUCAAAGCCUUUAAAGAUUCACGUCAACUGGGACCAUCAUUCUGCGAUGCAAUAUCCAAACGAUCGGAGAAAUACAUUAGGCUCCCUAAAAACUUUCUCAAAGACAAUAUGAAAAAUAAACCCCCAAACAUGUCAGUACAACUAUCUGCAGGUGAAGGACAUACAUGGGAAUUAAAGAUAGAGAAAAGAGGAAGACGAUACUAUUUGACAGAUGGAUGGAUGAAUGUUAUAAAAGACAUGCAGCUAAAAUUCGGCUACAUUCUCGUGUUUGACAUAAUUCAAAAUCCAAAGCUGACGAUGACUGUUUUCCAUCCUGAUGGAAGUGAAUUUAUAAUCCCAAAAAAGAACCUGUUGAACAAAAGGAAGCGCACACGCAUAACCAAGGAUGCCACAUCAAAGCACCAUCAUCUACUGCAGACAACAGCACAUUUGAAAAGACUGCCACAGAGAAAUUCUUCAUCCCAGAUGAAGUUGUUAAAAAGAAGAAAAUUGCUCAGACACGCACUUUGAUAAUAAAAAAUCAAGAAGGAAGUUGUUAUAACCUGGGAGUCAAAAUUCAUUCACGUACAGCGCGAAAGGAAUAUCUUGUGAAUGAAUGGCUGCAAUUUAUGGCAGAGAAUGAUAUAUCUUUUGGAGAUAAGUGCACUUUCAAGAUCUUAGAAGAUGAAGGUAUGAUAUUACUUUCAAACGUUUGCAGGUUAAAUUAAUUCACACAGCCAGAAGCAGAUUCAGAACCAACUUGACUUCUUUUUGCAACAACUAAUAUGCAGUAUCGUUGGUGACAGUUUUUCUUGUUUAAAUUAACCGUCGUUAAACAUGAAGGCUUAUAACACUUUCCCUAAACUUCAAAAAACAAUGUAUUUUGUAUUGGUAAUACCCGUACACGAUGAUAAUCAUCGUUGCUCUACUUACAUUGAUGUUUAUCAUAU